UUGCUAAGAGUUCCAUCGUCUUUUUGUUGGGAUUUAAGCGGAGGAAAAAAAAAACAUAAACUUUAUUUCUUUCUCCAUCAUGGUGAACUCCUACGUGCUUUGGUUUUAAAAUUAACAGAAUCAUUUAUAUGAUUCAUAUUGUUUGCUGAUUGUCUCAAGCGGCGGGUUUACUGAUUCAAUGGGUUGUGUAACAUCACCAUUUAACGGACAAUAAUUAGGUUUAGGUUGGAGGAAUUGUCUUUAAUCCAGGGCAUAUGUGAGUUCUUGCAGUUAUAAAUUUAUGCGCCAAACAUUUUUAAUAAAUUCCCCCCCCCCCCAACUGAAGUCUGCUGUUUGUGCUGUGUGAAAUAUGUAGCUUCUUUGUUAGUCGAAGGAAUUCUUUUUUGGCCAUUGUUUUGUGAUUUUCUACCUUGUGUAAAAGAAUUAGCUUGAUUCUCAUGUCGUGUGUGAACUGUUCCUUCUCUCAAAUUGAAUUUACUGUGCAGAACAAUUGCCGCGGCGCAUACGACGUAAGAUAGUUUUGCAUUUUCUUGACGUUGAAAACUAUUGGGUUACCUAUGGACAACACAUCUGAAUCUUCAUCAACUCGUCCAUGGCUCUGGGUCAUUGAAGCCCUAGCGAGUUGUGAGAAAAUAGACAACUCUACUUUUCAAGUUUUGAUCGAAGUAGCCCCUGUAGUGCCCAGUGAUGUUGGGAAAAACACAAGGGAAUUGGUUGCCAGGAGAUGUUUGGAGGGCUUGUUUGGUUCUGCUGGUGGCUUGAAUUUUGAUGCUUCCUCUAGCCUGGAUUCAAGACUUGGGUUUGAUGUUUCAAGUAGUUGUGAAGAUGUCCUCCGUCAAAUAUUGCACGAGGUACCAUUGUCAAGUGCGGAAAUAGCUGGAGAAGUGAGUUUGAAACGGGAUGUAUACUCGUUUAUGACGCACAAAAGAGAUGGCUCUAUUAAAUUGGAAUUGGAGCAGCUGAAAGAGUCAGUCAUUGAAAGUACUCAUCCAUGUGCUGAUCGCUUAAAAGAAAGUAGUGGGCUGACACUUCAGAAUCAGGAUUAUUCAGUGCCUGCAAAUGAUGUCAAAUGCAAUGAUGUUUCUGAAAGGGGUAAUGAGAGUAACAUGGAAGCAAAACAGAACUCAUCAUCAAAAGAACAUUCACAUAGUAAGAAUUUUCCACCCUCUAAGAGAAAUAGAGAUCACUCAGUUGAUGUGCAUGAUAUCCAAUAUUUGCAUGAGAAGCAAGUUGAUGUAGAAGAAUGUGAUGGUUUCCUAAGAAGUGAAAAGAAAAAUAAAUGCUAUCCACCUUCUAAUAUUGAGUUCAAGAAUGAUAAGAGUUGCCAAACCACAUUUUUCCUUGAAACUAAGGAUGAUAAUGAACAUCAUAUUGUGCCCAUUCCUGCAAGUAUUGAUGAUCCAGAAAAAGUUAAAAAUAAGAGGAGCAAGUCUCAAUCUGAACAGGAAAUAGAUACUCAACAGAAGGAACCCAAUCCUGCCUAUCCAAAUCGCACAUGGCAGUUGGUUUUUCGUGAUGAAGUUUCUGUUGAUUCUUUUAAUGGCCUUGGAGCAGAGCACCCUGAAAUGACUGAUUUUGCAGCCAAAAGACAUGAAUUAUUUAGCUCUUGCUGCAUAUCUAGUCAUGAUUUCUCAGCAAAUACCGAGUGGAGAGGCCAAAAUCUUUGUAUGAAGUGUAAUGAAGGUGGUCAAUUACUGGUUUGUAAAACAACUACUUGCCAAUUAAAGGUUCAUGAAAGCUGUUUGAGUAAGCUUGCUCAAUUUGAGGGAAAGGCAGACUUUUUGUGCCCAUUUUGUACGUAUUCUUCUGCUGUUUCGGAAUAUCUUGAAGCAAAGAAGGAGGUUUUAGUGGCAAGGGAAGAACUAUGUACCUUCCUUGGCAAGGGUACAGAGAAUCAAGAAAUGGAUCUCCUUGAAGUUCUUAGAAAAGAAAAUAACAAUUCAAUACAGGAUAAGUGUGAAAAUAUUCUUGUCAAAGACAAUGGAAACGACCAGAUAUUAGGAACAGGGAGAAAAGACAAUCAAGAACAUUUAAAUGAAGUCAGUGAUCUUCAGUUCGAAAGAAGCCAGCAACAAGCAGAGUCUCCCACACCAAGUGAUAAUAUCCUCCCGUUUUGCGAGAAAGAGGGAAUUGUAAACAAUGGGAUGGAUACUGUUUUAAAUGGAGAAGAAAUGGGUAAAAUGAGCACAGAAAUUUCAAGUGUUGAAAAAGUGGAAGAAAGCCGAGAGGCAGCAGACCAUGUAACUGUUGGUGAUGGCUUAUUUCAUCAUGUUCCCUCUGUUAAGCAAAACACUACAGGAGAAGAAAAUCAGAAAGAAAUGACUGAAGAAUGCAGCACAGAUCGAUCAGAAGAGCCUGUUUGCGCACAUUAUAAUGAAGAGAAUGUUUCUGAAGAUGGUAGUGAAAAGCAUGUAAAUUCUAGAUACUCCAUGAGAUCCCGAAAGUAUAAAACACAAUGCAAGCCACAACUAAUCCCUCUGUUAAGAAAACGAAAGAAUGUUCCAUGGACAGCUGAGGAGGAAGCCAUACUAAUGGAGGGAGUGCAGAAGUUUGGGAUGAGUGAUCAGCAACGAAUCCCAUGGAAGCAAAUCUGGGAAUUCGGUUCUCAUGUGUUUCUAAGUGAUCGUAGACCAGCAGAUCUGAAAGAUAAAUGGAAGAAUAUAUGCAAAGCAAAAAGAAAAUUAAAAUGAAAGAGCACACAGUAUCUUGGCCAUACUCCUAUGAUUGGUCAUGUUUAUAUAAUUAUAUGCUCUUCAUAUUUUCAGCCAACUGGGGGGCAAAUAGUUAGGUUUGGUUGAAUUUAGGUUGGAUAAAAAAAAAAAAAAGUUCCGGUGAAUAUCUAUGUAAUUAUGGAUGACCCUUCUAAAAAGAUGAUGAUUUUUAAUUCCUUUAUUAGUUGGGUAGUUGCAAUCUUCCAUUAUGUUUUAGUUGUUUUAUCGUUAAUGUAAGGAGGGUUUUUUUUUUUUUUUUUUUUUAAUGGCAAAAGUGGUGGUUAUAGUUUGUAUGUAACAUCACUGGUAUCUGUACUCUUAUAAACGGAUUAAUUUACCAAAUGUUGCCUGUUGAAU